CAUUUUUACUGGCAGAUCAAGGAUAUGAUGUAUGGAUUGGAAAUGUGAGAGGAAAUAGUUACUGCAGAUCACAUGUGAAUAUGACGAUAAACGAUCCCAAAUUCUGGCAGUAUAGCUUUCACGAAAUUGGAAUAAAAGAUUUGCCGGCCAUGUUCGAUUACAUUCUCAAUUAUACAAAGCGAAAAGAUUUAUAUUAUAUCGGUCAUUCAAUGGGAGGUACUACGCUACUCACUCUUCUGUCAUCAAAACCGGAGUACAAUACGAAAAUAAAAAUGGCUAUUGGUCUGGCUCCAGCUUCUUUUUGGAUAAAAGUAACACCUAUAACUAACGAAAUUGUUAACACUUUUCCAACACUGAAGGAAGUUCUACGAAAGCGUGAAAUAUAUGAUUUUCUUCCACAAUCUUUAGCGACUGUUACGGUAGGAAAAAUGUUAUGUAAAGAAAAUACGAUGACUCAAAUUAUUUGCGUCACUAUAUUAUUCUUAGUCGCCGGUCCUGAUCCAGCACAACUUAACACUACAAUCCUGCCAGAUAUAUUCUCCUAUCUUCCAGCCGGCACUUCUGUACAAACAUUAGAGCAUUUUUACCAAAAUAUACGUAUGAAGGACUUUCGAAACUAUGAUUAUGGAAUAGCUGAAAACUAUAAGCGAUACAAACAAAAAACAGCCCCAAGUUAUGAUCUGAAAAAGAUUACUGCUCCAAUAAUUUUAUUUUACUCAGCAAAUGAUAUGAUUGUUACAAAAGAGAAUGUGUUGGAACUUGGCAAACGCUUACCAAAUGUUCUUUUAACUGAGGAAGUCCCAUACAAACUUUUCAAUCACUUAGAUUUCACGUGGGCAAUCAACGCGAAAACUCUUUUAUACCAUCGUGUGUUAGAACUAAUACAAAAGUUUGAUGCUGACCAAAAUAAGCCUAUAAAUCUAAUCGAUGAAUGUAAAUUAAAUGGAGAGAAACCCUAAUCUCUCUAUAUAAUUUGAAAUGUUAGUAAACGUAGAAUUGCUAAACAAUCAGCAAUUAAAUUAUAUGCAUCCGUGCGUGUGUGUAUUUCUUUAAAUUCACAUAAAAUUUGUCAAUAUAAAAUUAUCAAUUAUUAUAUGUUAGGCUAUGUUGUGAUAAGAUUAAAAUGAAAACACUAUUAGACAUACUCAAUAUUGAGUUACUAUUAAUCGUAAAUGAUUAAGCGAUAUAUAUAUUGUACAUAUUAAAGGUAUACCUUGCGUAUCCCAUUUUUUAAUCAGAAUAUAUCUAACCUAAUCUUGUGUGAAAUAACAAAUCAGUGCUACUUUUGACAUUAUUGAAAUCGACUUCAAUAAUAAUGUAAAAUGGAAGAUCUCAAAUUUUUUGAGAUUAUUCAAAGCAGUAAAGAAAACAUUCAUGCAAAUAAUGGAUCGGUGUAGCCCCGAUUUGAUUCCGACAGCUUUAUAUAUAUUAAAUGCAUUAUUACAAAUACUUAUUUUUACUUGGUUGUUACAAAUAUACGUUUACAUUAGACAAUGGAUACUAUAAACCGCAAGAAAAAAAAAAGAAAAGUUCUUUUUUAUUGUAGCAAUCAUAAUUAAUCUUAUGAAUGUGUGCGUGUGUGUUCGUGUAUCUGCGCAUGCAUGUGUGAUUAAAUUACAAACGAAAUAUAGAAGUAGGUACUUUUGUAAAGAGAAGGUAUAUUUUUAUUACACAAGACAAGAUAUCUGAAAGGUUACUCGUAUCAGCAUUGCAAAAUUGUUUAUUUCAAUAAAUGCAAAAUAUUAUUUUCAAGCUUCUUCGUCCGUUGUAAUCACUGCUGUAAGGAUUGAAUUGAAUUAUAAACGGAGGUUUAAUUGUAAUUAAACGUGUAAUGCAAGAAAAAAGUUCACACAAUUUCUCACUCUAAACGCCAGAAUGUUUAACAGAAUUAUACCAGAAAUCUUAAACUUAUCCAAAUUAUACGUCAGAUCAUUGAUACUUAGGUGACCCAUGUAGAUGCCUUGUCUUUUAGAAAAUUUAGAAUGAGUUAAAUUUUUGUGGCAUCUAAUCAAAUUUUGUUGAAAAAAAUUCGAAUAGCCAUUUUUUUAAUAUAUACGGAGGGAACAUACAAUCCAUCAUACUUUUACAAUCAAUAUAUAUGUCUGUUAAUUAAGCCUCAAAUUAAAAACCUUUUAAAACAGAAUCAACUUGUAAUUAAAUGGAAAGAGUACAGUUUUAUUAUCUAUUUGAUCCUUCGAAACUUAAGUUUAAUAAUUAAAAAACUAUCUAUAAGUAUUUUAAAGUCAAUCACAAAUUGUUCGAAGAAAUCUUUCCUUUUUUUCUCAUUACGUUGUCAUUAUUUAACUCGUUUAUUUCAACAUACUUUGUAUAAAUUAGGAAUUUCGCUUAUUUGGCAAAAAAUAUACAUUCAUUGCUUUAAGUUUCAUUAAAGAUAUUUGUUCAUAAGUUAACUAUAUUUAAGCCUCUAUAUUCUUAACCCAUAAAAAAAAAAGAGCAGUACUUCUAUUUUUAACUUACUCCUCUCAAUCUUUACUCGUAUUUUAAUGGUUUGAUCUAUAUAAUAUGUAGAAUAGAAAUAUCACGCGUGUAUAAUCGAUCUAGAGUAAUGAACCAAGUGAUAAUAAGACGGCGUAAGAGCUCAAAUUUGUACAGAGAUUCAGCUAUUAAAAAUAAUAUGUAGUAUUAAGAAUACGGCAGCUUGUUUUACCUUUUUAUCUGUGUAAGUACGGGUGUGUGCGUGUAUGUAUUUGUCAUGUUAAUUACGGAAAGCAAUUAGAUCAUUAAAUGUUUAAACCAUUUUGCAUUCAA